AUGAAAUCAAUAUUAUUCGUAGCUGUCGCAUUCCUUUCAAAUGCAGUAGCUUAUCACGAUCCUGACCUCAACUACCAUCUGAGUCAACUACAAAAUGCACAAGGUUGUGGUGAUUCAGGGUAUUCAUACCCUGCACCAGCACUUCAAUUGUCUUUACAAACCGCUAAAACGACAGCAGCACCUAGAUUAAUACAAUCAGUAUCUUUGAGUUCCUCAAAUGCUCAAAAAAAUGCAGGUGGAUAUUCACAGUCUGUGUUUUACAAUUCUGCGGCGCCUCAAGCUACUUACCAAGCUCAGCCAGCCAUCAGUUACCAAGCACCAGUCGUCAUUCAAGACGCUGCUGCCUUAGAUGCUGAAUACUCCGCACAAAGAGAAGAGCAUGGUUAUGCUACUUCUGCAGGACUAGGAUUAUCUUCGUCAGCAAGGACUGUCAUACCACAAGCCACUUAUGCUCAAGCACCAAUCAUAGCUAAAAUAACUGCUGCUCCCCUGCAAGCUAAAUUUUCUUUGGCCCCAGCCAAAACCUCAUAUUAUUCUCAAAAUGCAAUUGCCCAACAAGCUUAUUCGAGUGGAUCUGCCGCAAAGGCUUCAUUGCAUUCUUUUACGCAGUCCGCUGGACCUGUAGUUUCUCAAGUAUAUGCUGCUCCUUCUGGUGGUUAUUCCACUUCACCAGAACUAAAAGUUCAAUCAGCUCAAUAUGCUGCACCUUACUCCACUGUUAAUCAAUACAAUCAAGCUCCAUUCUCCAGUGUGGCACAAUUUUAUAAAGUUCCAACAGCCUCCCAAUACGUCACCUCAUCUGUUUCUCACAUCUCUGCUCCAGUGGCUCAGUAUGGAGCACCUGGUCCCCUUGCCCUACCUCAAUAUUCUGCACAAGCAAUCCAAUAUACUGCUCCCUCAAUAAUUCAACACCGUACUCCUGUUGUGGCUCGUUAUUCCGCCCCAAUAGUGGCUCAAUAUUCAAACCCAUUAAUAUCUCAACAAUCGUCUCACGUACACCAGUACUCAGCGCCAGUAGUCAGCCAACAAAUAUCCCAUGUAGCACCAGUGGCAGUUACCUCAGUAGCAUCUAAAUACUCCAGUGCAGGCCACUCAGCCAAAAAUGUACAUGCAGAAUUCGUGGAAAAUUACGAUGCACAUCCUCGUUAUGCGUUCGAGUACCACGUGAACGAUCCCCAUACCGGAGACAUUAAGCAGCAAAAAGAAGAACGCGACGGUGAUGUCGUCAAAGGUCAGUACUCCUUGGUGGAACCGGACGGCUCGGUGCGGACGGUGGACUACGUUGCCGAUUGGGAGACCGGUUUCCACGCAAACGUUCACAAUAGCAAAGAUAAUCAACAU